UAAAAACGUAUACUAUAUGAAUAUUAUUUUUGCGGGUAUGACCUUAAUUACCGGAAUUUUCACAACAAAUAGAAGAAUUCCAGAUCCUUCAAAAGGUGAAGAAGAAAGAAAAGCAGUGGAGAAGUUAAGAAUAGGAGCUUGAUAUUUUGAAUCCUUUUAGUUAUGGUUUAUAGAAAUUUCUUUAUCGAAUACAUCUUAAUUAGUUGCAGAUAAUUUUUUGCGCCCAAAAUAGAAUUGCCUAAUUAAGAUAUUGAUCUGGUUGUACAAGACACGACUAUUUCCCCACCAAUGGACCCAUAUCGAAACUUUUCUUCCUCGGGAAUCACAAGCUUCUAUUACCACUAAAAGGUUCAAUAGACGAUUAAGAAUUAUGUCAAGUGGCGAAGAAGAGAGGACCCCAACAGGAAGGAAGAAAACCACAAAGUCUUCAGUUUUAUCAGAGGAGCAAAAGAAAGCACAUCAUAUAGCUUCAGAACAGAAACGAAGAGAGAACAUUCGAUCUGAAUUUGAUAAGAUUGUCUCGUUGACUCCCACAUUAACGGAUCUGGAGAAUAGAUCCGAGUUGAAUAUAUUAACUAAGAGUGCUGAUUUUAUAGAUCAGUUGAGAGAAGAAAAUAUCAAGUUGGUAGAGUUAGCUAAAUUGAAAGGUAUUCAUGUUCCAUCAGAGUUGAUAUAUAAUGGUCCUACUAGUGAUGGUAGUGAUAUAGCCAAAUAGUGAUCGAAAAUUGUUUCCUUUCCUUUCUUUUCCUUUUCAUUCGUUCGUUCAUUGGACCAGAA